CACCUGCACACACACUACACGCAUCUCUAUAUUUUAAUGUUCAACGAAACUCGCUUCACGAUCGUCUCUCACUUUCAUGACCCCACCCAGCUCCCCCUCAACCGCCCCUUCGCUGCCCUACCAUGAGCCAGGGAUCAUUACCAUCUUAGUCCUUUCAUCCUUCCUCCUUGUGCUCAAUGUCGUCAACGCGGUACUCAACAAGGUACUGUUUUGCGGAUUGUUAGGUCAGAUCUUGGUCGGCAUCGCUUGGGGAACGCCUGGUGCGAGAUGGCUGUCUGCAGAAGUGGAAAAGUCCGUUGUCCAAUUGGGUUAUCUAGGGCUGGUAUUGCUUGUAUAUGAAGGCGGCCUCCAAACCUCCUACCCAUCCCUAAAAGCCAAUCUCGCCCUCUCCACCGGCGUCGCCCUCACCGGAAUCGCCGUCCCUAUCGCACUCUCCUACACUCUCCAACCUCUCCUCAAUGCAACUCCACUGCAAGCCUUUGCCGCCGGCGCAGCCCUCUGCUCCACCAGCCUAGGCACUACCUUCACUGUCCUCGCAUCCAGCGGUCUAUCAGCGUCACGGCUGGGCGUAGUGCUGACGAGCGCAGCUAUGAUGGACGAUGUUGUCGGAUUAGUAAUGGUUCAGGUGAUAUCGAAUCUCGGUGGUGAGGCCUUCGAUUGGGUGACUGUUGUGCGUCCUAUCCUCGUUUCCAUUGCGUUCGCUGUGGCAGUUCCGAUUGUUUGCCUCCUCGCCGUGAGACCAGCUAUGCUAUGGCUUAACCGUUACCGCGAGGGGCAUCCGACCGGGCAGCUCAACCGUCUGUUGUGUCAGACUCAGACGGUUUUUGCGUUGCACUCAGUCCUCCUGGUUGGUUUGGUUGCUGGCGCGACGUACGCUGGAACGUCCAAUCUGUUUGCCGCCUAUAUUGCGGGAACGGUGGUUAGUUGGUGGGACUCGGAAGUACCUCAUCCCACCAUUCCCACGUCCAACUCGUGCGACCCGGUCGUUGAUGGGAAGCGAAGAGGAGGCUCUGCAUUCGCCACUGGGAAUCCACCCAACGAAGGACCUGAUUUCGUUCCAGCUGAAGAAAACUCACGCACAGAGAAAGGAGACUCAGGAGAGAGGAUUCUCCCUACCACCGACGUACAAUCCACUCGUGCCCCCAUCACAUCCAAUUCCAGUAACCAGGAUACAUCCGGCCCCGCCAUCUACCACCACUACUACUACCCAUCCGUCUCGAGAAUCCUCCAACCCUUCUUCUUCGCCUCCAUUGGCUUCUCCAUCCCCCUCACCCGCAUGUUCCGUCCCUCCAUCUUAUGGAAAGGCAUCGUUUACGCCAUCCUAAUGGCCUUUGGGAAACUCGUCUGCGGCCUGUGGCUUGUUCGAUUUCCCGUCGGCGGCGGGAAGAAAGAUAGUGAUAAGCAUACCACCAGUCGAGUGACCUCACUCAAAGCAAACCUCUCGGAAUCUCUCCUGCAGCGUUUCCGAAGCAAGAAGGAGAAGAACAAGCAGCUGCAGGACCACACUACACGAAACGCAACAACCAGCGCGCCCGGCCCCAGCUCUUCCCCGUCAGUCCCGCCAUCAUCAUCAACGCCAUCUUCCAGGCCCGACACCUCGAGCCCAUCCUCCCACCACCCACCCCCCCACCCACAAACCACCGCCAACCCCCAAACCCCACUCUCCCUCCACCCCGCUCUAAUCUUGGGCCUCGCAAUGUGCGCACGGGGCGAAAUCGGGUUCCUCAUCUCCGGCGUCGCCGAGGCCAAGGGCAUCUUCUCUUCAUCCUCCUCCUCCUCCUCCUCCUCCUCCUCCUCUACCCCAUCCUCCUCUACUACCCCCUCUCCAUCUAACACCUCCCCCUCAGACAUCUUCCUCGUCGUAACCUGGGCCAUCGUCCUGUGCACCGUCAUCGGUCCGCUCGGCGUCGGGCUCUGCGUGCGCAGGGUGAAGGAACUCCAGGAGCGGAAGAGAAAGGAGGACGAGAAGCAGGAGAGUGGUGCGGGGAGAGAUGUUUUGGGGGUUUGGGGGUUGGGGUAG